ACAUUUCCAUGUGUUUCCUCUCCAGCCGAGUGUUUACAGAUAAGGAGGCCAUGAUGGCUGGAGCCCUGGAGAUGGCCAGGGAGAUCGCUGCUCGCAGCCCUGUAGCUGUGCAGGGCACCAAAAUGAACCUCGUGUAUUCCAGAGACCACAGUGUGGCAGAGGGACUGGACUACAUGGCCACCUGGAACAUGAGCAUGCUUCAGACUCACGAUGUGAUGAAAUCAGCUCAGGCCGCCAUGGAGAAGAAGAGUCCCAAGACAAUAGCUUUCUCCAAACUCUAAACUUCACUGAGGCAAAGUUGAGAUACGAAAGAUGGAAGCUGCUGUUUUAUUACUCCAGUGUGGCCUUUCUGUGGGAACCACGUGUGAUUUUGUGUCUUACUUAAGCUAUCUAAGGAUAACAUAAUGUGACAUUAAAAAGAUGGAGGCUUGAAUACACUGUUGGAAAUAUUACUAGUCCCUCUUGGGACUGGGUUUUAAAGAUUCCUAUCGUUGUUUGGGUGUAAAAAGCCUCUGAACAGCAUUUUGAUAACAGGAUACUUUACUUCCAUUUUUACUAAGGAAUUAAAAGGUCAUCCAUCUCCAGCUGAGAAUCCUAAUUUAUCUCAGGUUAACAUCUGCUGGUGACAUCUUACACGCUGUCAUAUGAGAGACUUUCUCAGUUUGUCGCUUUAAAAACAGUAACAACCGUUUUGUAAUAGGCUUCAUGAAUGUUUUCUUAUUAAAGAAACAAAUCUGAAAGUUA